GUUCUCACUGAGGUCUCAUAACAGUACUUCUUCCAUCCAACAUUAUGUAACCAUUAGUCCUACCUCGUGCCUCUCCCGGACAACCCGAUAUCGGGAAUAACGAUUUAAAAAUCGAAUAAAUAACAUCGAUACAAUAAAUACGAACCAGAAAACAAUUUAUUUCCACUGGGAACAGUUAUAUGUUUAGAAACCAGUUCGAUGCGCGAUCAGUGACUUUAAAGGCAGAUUUCAGAACGACAUUUGAAAAUUCUCAUUGUGUUCUCCAAGUUCAAGUGAUGUUAUAGUUCGAAUUUGAAUAUGGAACUGUUGAGGCAAAUUAUAGUCUCAGUAAUUAUAAUAAAUUUUAUAAAUACUGGGUAUGCAGCAUCAAAAAAUGAUGUACCCAUAGAAAACACUACCCACAACUGCCCCUUCACCAGAUUUAUAGAAGAUAUAUUCAAAAUACAUAACAAAACGAGCCCUAACUCUAACACAAAUGAUGAAACGACAAAAUUAUUCCUUGAUGUUAUUGAUAAUUUAGAAAAUAAUGAUUCAAAUAAACAAAUACAGGAAGAACUAGUUAAUAGUAUUAUUGAAUCCAUUAAAAGGAUAAAGGAAAACGUGUCAAGAGAUAUAGAUGAUCUGAAAUUAAAUGAGGCUAUAAUGCUUAAUGAAACUGACAAAAAUUACCACUUUGAUAAUGUAACAAAGACAGUGAGUGGACUUAAAAUUCUUAAUCAAGUAAGGAGCGGUAUCGAAGAAAGAAUAGAUAUGAAAAUUACAGAAGAAGUGAACAAUUCGGAAAGCAAUAAUGUACACAACGAAACAAAUAAAAUAAGUGAUUCACAAUAUGUUGAAAUUCUAACGAUUGAACCGAACAACACAAACAUCGCUAACGCUUCUAAUAACAAUAUUUUGGAAGUUUUGAAACACAUAAUGCCACUAUUUAAUUCGUCUGCUAAUAAACAAUUACACAGUAUAACGAUUAUAGAGAGAAAUGAAAACAAGAACCACUCAUUUAGCGAAACUAAAAAUACGUCGACUGUAGUCGUCAAAUACUGUGAGAAGGAUAAUUUGACACAAGACACAGAUUUAGAGAAAGUUAAUAAUGAAACAGUUGACGAUGAUGAUUAUUAUUUACAAAAUGACGACUAUGAUCUUGUAACGGAGUCGACUAAUACAAAUGUUUCUUCAGAAGGUUUUAAAGAUAUACUUGAAGCUGCGGAAUACGGGAUACAGAAAUCAAAUGAACUGUACGAUGUUUUAGAACCGAAACUGUAUUCUAUGGGUCUGUGGUUGGAUGAAAAGAGUCCAGCUCGUUAUGUGGCCGCCUUCAACGCGCCUUCCGAAGAUUUAGCUAAAUUCUCUCGAUACGGCUACGCGUCCAUAUUGGCCGCUGAGAAGCUGAAGGAACUCAGUGGAGAUGCACUCGAGAGCCGCACAGAAGAGGGAAAGUUUCCCAAAGCGAGUGCGCUGCGGGACUCACCUUUAUUGGAGCAAUGCCCGCUGCGCGCCCCUCCCAAGUGUCCUCCUGCUUCUAAAAGGUGUGUCUUCUUAUGA